GAGAACGGCUCCAAAAACGACUUUCUCCCAUUAACCACUAAACGUGUGGACCUAACCAAAUCUCUCUCUCUCUUUCUCUCUCUCUAGUAGUUAUCUCCUCCGAUCAUGUCGGUUGCCCUUAUUUACGUUACUGUGUCGACGCAUAUCUUUCUGUCACAGUGACUCCCCUAUUCCCUCGCUCUUCGCUUUUCUCUCAGCCGACGUUUGAUUUUCUCUCGCUUUCUCGGCACCUCUGAAUUUUCCGCCCAAACAAACAGCUAUAUCAUACAGCGGGGUUUACUUGUUUUGGAACCGAAUCCCCCUCCCCUCUCUCUUUAAGCCCCCUCCUCCUCCGCCCUCCUAUCUUCUUCGUCAUGUUUUGAUGCCCGGAAUCAUGAUGACGUUGAAGAAUCGGAUCGAAAAUGGGUCGUUUUUCCUGGGAUUCGUUUUUCUCGGGAAAAUUUGGUUUCUCUGAGUUCGAGUUCUGAGAAACCCAGAGCCGUUUUACAUCGAGAGUUUUUCGAUUCGAUCCGGUAUGACUCGUCACGUGAUCCUCCGAUCGCCUGCAGUUAACAAGAGAGAGCCCCUGCUCGCGUCGGAAUCUAAAGAACCGGCGACGCCACCGAUCAUCAAAUCUCCGGGGAGAAUUGUGAAAGCGUCCGCCAUGGUGGUUACAGGGGAGAGGAGGAAGAAGGCGGCGGAGGUCGCCGGAGGAUCGGCGGCGGAGUGCGCGGCUGUGUGUUGUUGUUGCCCUUGCGCGGUGGUGAACCUGGUGGUUUUGGCGGUUUAUAAGGUCCCGGCGGCUAUGUGCAAGAAGGCGUUGCGGCGGAAGAAGCGCCGGCGAUUCUCCGGGAAGCGGCAGGGCCUGCUCUCGGCGGCGGAGGGGAGCGAGGUGUCUGGACGGCUGAGAUUUAACGGAGAAGAUCCAACGGCAGAGACUAAGUUUGAGGAGAGAGAGAAUACGGGGGGUGAGCAAAACGACGACGUGGAGUUGGAUAACGAGAUGUGGGACCAUUUCCAUGGGGCCGGAUUCUGGAGAAGCCCGUCGCAGAGAGACACGUAAACGGUUCUUGUGUUUCGUAUGUUAUGCUGACGUGGACAAAUACGAUGUGACGUUUGCACGAGAUUCUCGUAUUUUUAUUUUUUUUUUUGUGGUCGGGGAAAAAAAUUCUGGGUGUACAAACAAACAUGAAAUUUUAUUUCAAAUUGAGUUCUGUUGCUUACAAGAAAAUCUAUUGUGGACCCACUUAGAGAGGGUAUGUGAAUACGCAUAUAAUUAAAUUAAAUUUCGUGGGGGGUAUUGAUAGAGGUA